GGACAACUUUGAGCAGCUGGAGAGAUGUCAUCACCACAAAUGACUCAACCGACUCGCUUCUUUUUCCUGCUCAUGUCAGUUUCUUACAUCUCAGUGACAAGCAGUGUCAAAAAUGUGAUUCCAGAGUUAAGUCCCCAGGAAUAUUUUAGCAACUUGCAAGCAUCUAAAGCAUCUUUGGUUUAUUUUCAGAAGGAUGUUUCACCACAUAGUGAGGUGUUCUUGGAACAGCUGGAGAACUCCAGAGAAGCUCUCCAAGAUUAUGGGAUUUCUAUUUUAAAGGUUAACUGCCAAAGAGGAGAAGCCUCCAGCUACUGCAGAGGAGAUAACUCCUUGGGAAAAGUAUACCUAUUCAGAGCCCAUGUGUUGGUUCAUGAACUUGCCAUAGAUGCCUUGUUCAGCUUGGAUGCCAUUGUGGCAAAUGUACUUUUUGCUCUGCUCUUCAAUGAAGUGAAAUAUAUUUCAACACUGAUGGACCUUCAGCAUUUAGAAAACUCUCUGAAGGGUCGGUCUGAUCUUGCUUUCGCAUAUGUGCAAGCUAUUGGGACAUCAGAGCACCGAGUCUUCAUGGAGGCUGCAUUUGUUUAUGGCUCAGUUAAGUUUGCCUUAACUACUGAAGUGGCAGUUCUGAAGAGCAUUCGCAGUGAAGAGGCAGAGGUGCCGUCUUCGAAACUCUUCUUUUGCCACUGUAAGGUGGCCAUGGAUCCUAAACAGCCAUGCCACAGGACUCUGAUGGAACAGCCCUUGACUACAUUAAGCAUCCACAAGUUUCUGAAGCUGAUGGGGGAACCUCUGGUGGUGCAGGUUGCAGAAGAUCCCGAAAAGAUUUCAACUACUCAUCUCCAGCUUGGUCUACCACUCGUUUUCAUUCUGAGCCAGGAAGAGACCUUGGAAGCAGACAAGACGAUUGCUGAAUCUGUAGCCUGGCAGUUGCUGGGGAAAGCAGGAGUCCUCCUUUUGUCAAGGAAUUCUGUUGGUCUGGAUGUUUCUUCCCGAUACAAUGUGGCUAUCAAGACAAUUGAGGAGGAUAUGCCUGUUAAAUACCUCACUUUGAAAGAUGCAGAUGAAAUUGUAGCAUUGGUGAUAAAUGGUGAGCAGAGCAAACCUAGUCUGGAUAAUAAUGAAGAGGAGGUUUAUGAAGAGGAGGAGGAGGAGGGAGUGAAGAAUGAGAACAAUGAACAAGAAAUUCAGGAUGAUGAGGUGGUGGAAUCUGUUGUCAGAGAUCGGAGGCGUGAACUCCCCCUGGAACGCAUCCAUACCUUGACAGAAGAAUCCUUCCUCUCAUUUCUGGCAGAGACCAACCAUACAGCAGUGCUCUUCUAUGCCAGCUGGGAAGCUGUCUCUCUGGUGGUGAUGCAGUUUUUCCUUGACGUUGCUGCUCAGUUGAAAGGGACUCCUGAGAUUUCACUUGCAAGGGUAAACUGCUGGGAUUGGCCACAGCUUUGCUUGCAGGAAAAUGUCACCCAAUUUCCUGCCAUGAAGAUGUAUACAAGAGAGAAGGCAUGGCCGGCUUACUCUGGCAUGUGGGAGACCAAAGAGAUGAGAAAGUUCAUUGAACUAAGCAGAAAUUCUUGUCCAGUGAGAUUGAUGACGCCUGAAGAAAUAGAAGAAUAUUUAAGUCACAAAAACUCACCACACCACACAGUUUCUGUUCUGGGAAUAUUUGACUCAAGCAUGAGUGAAGCAAGAGAGGCUUUUAUUGAAGCUGGAAGAAUCCUAAAUGGAUAUGUCACAACAGGGAUCUACUAUGAAGAGGAUGCUACAGUUCUCUCCCAUAAAUAUAAUGUACCUCUUCCAGCACUUCUGUUUGCUAAGCCUGCAACUCAGCAAAGGAAUGCCCUCCAGCUCUCGCAGUAUAACACACAAGACAUUGUUAAAGUAAUCCGUCAUGCAUUGUUGGAGACAUUUAACACACCUGUAGGCAGAAGUAUUCUGAAAGCUUAUUUUGGAAACUCGGUUCCUCCUGUGCCUCUCCUCCUCUGGAUCAACCUUCAUUCUGGAGGCCAUGUCUUUGUUUUUCCAUCAGACCAGUCAAUUUCUGAAACAAAUAUCCUUGCUUGGAUUGAAAAAGUAAAGAUCAAACAAGAAGCUCCAAGGGCUACCUUGUCUGAGAAAAAGUGGAAGCCCCGCCUUCCUGCCUAUGACUUCCUGAGUAUGAUGGAACCCACACUGCCUGAAUUUACUAUUUAUACUCAAGAAAGUAUAAGUAUCCGUCAGGAGGAGAUCCUAGAAGAAAAAAAGGCAGAAGCAGCAAUGACAAAGAAGCCCACAGAGGACUCCACCAUGGAGGAACUGAAGCAAAAGAAGCCAACUGGAAGGGGCUUACAAAGGACAGUUCCACAUCUGGGAGCAAAGGAGAAGCAGGCUAAGCACCAUUCAGAUUUAUAAAGCAAUCUGGUAAUGUUGGAUCUCUGGAUAGUUUUGGAAGGAGAGGGUAGGACAGUGCAGAGGUUGAGAGACAGCAGUUAUAUUUC